UAUGACUUCUCACUGGAAAAGAACACAAUUGAGUGGGCUGAAGAUCUCAAACGGAUUCAGACCGCCCAGAGGGAAGCCGAACGCAAGGCAGAAGAAGCGCUGGCAAACUCAAAGGCAGCUCCGGAGGACAGCCAGAAAGUGGGGUUCUCAGAAGCACCUUGCCCUGAGGCCAUGCCUCCUCCUAUUAACCCCAUCCUCGCUAGUCUGCAGCACAACAGCAUCCUCACUCCCACGCCAGCCAACAGCAGCUCUGUGAAGCAGAAGGUUCUCAGCCCCCCUCGUCCGAAGGCAGACUUCAACCCAGCUGACUUUGAAUGUGAAGAAGACCCAUUUGACAAACUGGAAUUAAAAACUAUCGAUGAUAAGGAGGAAUUAAAAAAUAUCCUGGAAAUUCACGUUGGUACUACUGGGCCGAUUGUUGCCCAGCUGUUAGAUAACACUUUGCCCAAAGGAGGGUCUGAGUCUGUGUUGCAAGAUGAGGAAGUUCUGGCAUCCAUAGAAAGGGCCACGUUGGACUUCAAGCCCGUUCACAAACCCAAUGGCUUUAUCACUUUACCGCAGUUGGGAAACUGUGAAAACAUGUCCUUGUCUUCCAAAGUGUCCCUCUCCCCUAUCACUUCAGUGAGCAAUAUCAAAUCCCUCUCCUUCCCUAAACUUGACUCUGAUGAGAGCGAUCAGAAAUCGCCGAAGCUCGCGAGCACUUUCCACAGCGCUGCCUGUCUCCGCAACGGCACUUUGCUCAGCUCUUUGCAGACCUGUGCUCAGAGUAAAGCUAGUGAACUGAACGGGCACCACGUGGUCACGCUUUCCGCUCUGAAGGAGGAUGGCGGCAUGGAGACGUCGACGUUGUCCUCGUCGGUCCGGCCGCCUUCCCUGGCCGUGUCGGCAGUUUGUACGGAAGAAGGAUCGUCUCAAAACACAGCGACCAGGGUACACCCAGGCUACAAGGAGACAGACAUCCCUGUGGUAACGCACCAAAAUUUUCCAGUGUCUAAAGUGCCCAACAACAGCAGCUGCACAAAGCAGUCGGGUGGCUCUGCUCCUGAAACGGCGCAGGCCCUCUCUGCCAGCGAGAGGCAGUGCGUAGAGACGGUCGUCAACAUGGGCUACUCGCCUGAGAACGUCCUGAGAGCCAUGAAGAAGAAGGGACAGAACAUAGACCAGGUCUUGGAUUACCUGUUUGCACAUGGACAGCUUUGUGAGAAGGGCUUUGAUCCACUUCUCGUUGAAGCGGCUCUGGAAAUGCACCAGUGUCCAGAGGAGAAGAUCACAGAUCUUCUCCAGCUAAUGAGUCAAUUCAAGGAAAUGGGCUUUGAGCUAAAAGACAUUAAGGAGGUCUUAUUAUUACAUAACAAUGACCAACACAACGCUUUGGAAGACCUAAUGGCCCGUGCAGGAGCCAGCUGAAGACACAUCUGGGGAUUCUCGACGUGAACGGAGCAGGACCAGCCCCGCCACCUUCACAUCCAGCGUGACUCGCAGGAAGGAGCCCAGCUUUUCGCACACCUGGGAGAGGGACUCAGCAGGCCUGCCCGCGUGCAUCACUCCAGCAUUUCUCUUCCCUCUGAGAGCCAGCUUUCUUUCUUAAAUUAAAUUUUUCAAGUGUCCUUUCCUAAGUUUCCUUUUCCAGCUUGGCCACGGAGAGUUUAGACUGCCCAACCUCUACUGGAAUUGUACAUAAGUAGAGACAGGAGUGGU